AAGAGUUCCUUGAUGUGACGCGUGGACUGCUGCUAGUUGUUGUUGUUGUGUGUGAGUGUGCGUCUGUGUGUGUGUGUGUGAGAGAUUUGAGAUCUCAGGUGUUUCCUGCCAGCUGCUUGUGAGGUUUAUUGCUCAUGUAGAUGUACGACUGAUGCCUGAAUGAGUGAUGAGUUAUUUAUAUGAGGUGAAUGUGUGUGUGAUGGUGUGUUUGCUUCUCAUUUCAAGGGGCUACUCUGUGUGUGAGUGUGUGUGAGAGUGUGUGUGAGUGUGUGUGAGUGAGUUGCAUGACACAGUGGGGUUAUCACUCAUGGUGCUGACUCGUGUGUGUGAUGGGUGUGUGUGUCACUCACAUGUUCGGCUGUUUGGUGUGAGCGAGUGAGAUACGGCACUUUUCAAACUAUCGCUCGGGUUGUGUUCUAGUUGACGUGUGUGUGUUUGUGUGUGUCUGUGUAGUUUGUUUGUGGCAACACAUGUAGUGGUGUGUGCCGGGUAGCGUGUGCAUGAGUGCAUGUCUGUGUCGGGGAGAUGUUCCGGCGUUCACCUUGUGCCAGAGGAAGGGUUCAUUUUGACUUCAGCGAGGAAGUGGUCAGGAAGCUCCAUGCCGCCAACCACGCACACAGUUUCGAUGUGGAGAAUGGCCCGUCUGUCGGCUGCAGCCCCCUGGACCCCCAGGCCUCCCCCGGCUCGGGCCUGGUCCUCCACACCAACUUCCCCGGUCACAACCAGCGGCGAGAGUCCUUCCUCUACCGCUCCGACAGCGACUAUGACCUGUCGCCCAAGUCCAUGUCCCGAAACUCCUCCAUCGCCUCUGAACUACAUGGUGACGACCUGAUCGUUACACCUUUUGCUCAGGUUCUGGCAAGCCUUCGAAGUGUUAGGAAUAACUUCACUGUGUUGACCAACGUCCAGUGUGCCUCCAGCAAAAGAUCUCCGGCAGCAUCUCAGCCUCCGAUCACCAGAGUUUGUCUCCCAGAUGAGGCGUACCAGAAGCUGGCCACGGAGACGAUGGAGGAGCUGGACUGGUGUCUGGACCAGCUGGAGACCAUCCAGACCUACCGCUCCGUCAGCGACAUGGCCUCUAACAAGUUCAAGAGAAUGUUGAAUCGGGAGUUGACGCACCUAUCUGAGAUGAGUCGGUCUGGGAACCAGGUGUCCGAAUUCAUCUCCAACACCUUCCUAGAGAAACAGAAUGAGAUGGAGAUCCCGUCGCCGACGUCCAAGACCCGAGAGAAGAAGAAGCAGCAGCAGCAGAAGCAGCAGCUGAUGACCCAGAUCAGCGGGGUCAAGAAGGUCGCCCACGGGCCCUCGCUCGCCACCAGCAGCAUCUCACGCUUCGGCGUCAAGACGGACAAAGAGGAGCUGCUGGCCAAGGAGCUGGAGGAUCUGAACAAGUGGGGCCUGAACAUCUUCACCGUGUCGGAGUUCUCCAACAACCGACCUCUGACCUGCAUCAUGUACGCCAUCUUCCAGGAGCGAGACAUGUUAAAAACCUUCAAGAUCCCGGUGGACACGUUCGUGGCCUACAUGAUGACGUUGGAGGACCACUACCAUUCAGACGUGGCGUACCACAACAGCCUCCACGCUGCUGACGUGGCCCAGUCCACCCACAUCCUCCUGUCCACUCCAGCCCUGGACGCGGUCUUCACAGAUCUGGAGAUCCUAGCAGCCAUCUUCGGUGCAGCUAUCCACGAUGUUGACCAUCCUGGAGUUUCAAACCAAUUCCUUAUCAACACCAACUCCGAGCUGGCGUUGAUGUACAACGACGAGUCUGUGCUGGAGAACCAUCACCUGGCCGUGGGAUUCAAGCUGCUGCAGGAGGACAACUGUGACAUCUUCCAGAACAUCCCCAAGAAGCAGAGGCAGUCUCUACGCAAGAUGGUCAUCGACAUGGUCUUGGCCACUGACAUGUCCAAACACAUGAGUCUGCUGGCUGAUCUGAAGACGAUGGUGGAAACCAAGAAGGUGACGAGCUCUGGAGUGCUGCUGCUGGACAACUACACCGACAGGAUACAGGUGCUACGUAACAUGGUGCACUGUGCUGACCUGAGCAACCCCACCAAGUCCCUGGAGCUGUAUCGUCAGUGGACCGAUCGGAUAAUGGAUGAGUUCUUCCACCAGGGAGACAGAGAGAGGGAGAGGGGGAUGGAGAUCAGCCCCAUGUGUGAUAAACAUACAGCCUCGGUGGAAAAGAGCCAGGUUGGUUUCAUCGACUACAUCGUGCACCCUCUGUGGGAGACCUGGGCCGAUCUGGUCCACCCGGACGCCCAGGACAUUCUGGACACUCUGGAGGACAACAGGAACUGGUACCAGAGCAUGAUCCCCCAGAGCCCCUCCCCUCCCUUCUACGACCAGGGCUCGCACGGACACAGCGGCGGCGGCACCGGAGGCCAGGGGGGCGGGGAGAAGUUCCAGUUUGAGCUGACCUUGGAGGAGGAGGACUUGGAUGGAAUAGAGAAAAACGGCGAAGGGGAGGAGGAGGAGGAGGAGGAGGAAGGCGAAGAAGAAGAAGAAGACUUAGAAGAGGAGGAGGACAGUGUGGGAUCUCCUCCCCUGGACUACUUGGACAGUCAGGAGCACGAGGGGGGCCGGAUGAUCGAACCCACGUCAGCAAUAGAAAUCGUGACGCAUGAAGCGUCGCCCACAGAUACAUAGGGUUUCCAGCGUCAUCCUCACGUGGUGAUUUGAAAGUUUUUUGGAGGAAAAGAGGGGAAAUCCUCUUGCAGCUGUGCUUUUUAACAAGCCCACAGAGGCAGGGGCUUGGUUGUGGCCCGCACACGGGCGUCUUGCACUUGGGUGUUUGAAGCCAGACGUGGACGGACAGUUUCAGUGAAGCGGCUUCAGAGUUCUCAGGAAAUAAUUGCUGCGAACAUUUAGUCCCGGUGGACAGACGAGACUCGGGGGUUGGAACUUGAAGGAUUUCGGCCAGUUUGGGAAAUGGUAACUUUAAUUUUCUGGACUGGCGUUAUGAAAAUGGACAAUGACACUACUGAGAGAAGUUUUGUACCUUAAGACUUUUUUACAGAUAUGAUCUAGAAGUAGCAUAGAGUCAAGAUCGACAGAUGGAGACACGUUUGUAUAGCAAGAGAAAGUGUUUACUUUUUUCCUGUACCAUUUGUCAAAGGACUUUUGUGUGCCUUUUUUACUAUUGUCUUUAUAAUAGUUUUUUAUUUAUUGAACACUCUAGUAUGUCUGUGAAAUAUUUUUUUUCUUUUCUUAUCUGAAAGAGCAAAAUCUUUUUUGUAUGUUUAAAAAAAGAGAACAGUCUUCCAUGUAUUGGGCAAUAGAGAAAUCCAAACAAACGUCGACAAACAACUCUCGGACAAACUCAUCUAAAUAGGGAAACAUGAACAUUCACAUAUUCAACGCACAUUUUUUAUCAAUUUCUGGUUUCUGAACUGAGCACAACGUGUUCUUUUAGUUCGUUACAUUCACUCGUGGUUCAUGUUACAGUCGGUGAAUGUCACAGUCACACUGAAAUACAUUAGGGUCUAUUUUCACGCUUCACACAUCUUUCCUUCUGUCUUUGUAUCUGUCUGCAAACCAUUUGUACUUCCUAUAUUUUCUACUCAGAUACACUCGCUCAAUCAGGAUAUGAAAACAUUUGCUUAAAAUCAUAGAAUAAGAUAUUCCUGCAUAAUUCUCAUUAAUGGAUAUUUUAUUCAUACGAUUUUUAGCUUUUGUGUUGUUGUCGACGUGAGCAUGAAUAGAAACAAACAACAACCUGCUUAGAUGCAGGGUAAAAAUCCAAAAUGAAGUCUGCCAAGGACAAAAUGCACAACAGCGGUGGAUCUAUUUUUAGCCCACAGGUAUGCUGCAGUCUUAAUAAUCCUGUUAGUGGGAAUGGGUCCUGACCCCCAGACCCAUGUGAUGUAACCCCCCCCCCCUGUGGUCCAGCCCAGAUCAGAUGAUGGAAGGUGCUCUUACAGUCGCCUGUCUGAAAGCCACUCUCACGCCCUAAUCAACACCGUGAUAUACAACCCCCCCCCCCCCGGGGCUCCAUUGA